AUGUCAUUUGAAGAUUUUGCUUCAACAUGUACACGUACAUUUAAUCAAACACCAAUACGUCUUAUUCGUAUGUCCUCACCAUUAACAAUAUAUGCUGGUUCAACUGAUCAACCAUAUCGUCAUCUUGUUCUUUUAUGCCAACCACAUUUUACAUCAAAAUCAAUAUCAAUUGCAUUUUAUCUAAAUGGCACAGCCUACUUCGAAUAUUUAACUGAAGAAAAAAUUCGACAACGUUUACAGUUAUUAAAUAAUCUACGUAAAACAUCAUUUCAUCAUGAUGAUAUACAGAAAUUUUUAACACGUUUAAAAACAAUAUUAACAAUUGAUGGAAUUAAAAAUGAUCAACAUGAAUUACAUGCAAAACUUUUGUCACCCAGAUUAUUAUCAAUUGAAAUUUUUCACGAUGAUUUAAAAUUUAAAUUCCGUUGUGAUGAACGUUCACAAUUAUUUGAACAACAUUAUGUUAGACAAUUAUUAGUACAAGUUAAAGAAUUAUCCGAGCGACAAACAUAUCUCUGUGAAUUAUUAGAACAUAAAGAUGAAUUACCGCAAUUUAAUGCAAAACUUUUUCUUAAUACACCAAUGACACUUGUCGAUGAUCAAGAAGAUGAAGAUGAUGAUGAUGAAAUCUUAUCUUCAUCAACAACUGGUCGUUUAUGGAAAUCAGCUUUUGGUUGUCGUGGUGGUGCACAAUUUCUUGAUGUAUGUUUACUUAAAAAAGCUUAUAUGAAAACUUUAGAAGAAAUGAGUGAUGAUGAACAAGAUGAUGAAACUGUUUCAACAGUUGUCAAUACACUUGUUGAUCAAAUUGAUGAACAAGAUAAUGAUGAAAUUGAUUUAGCACAACGUAUUAAUAAACGUUCAUUGACAACUUCAACAGUGAAUUCCGAAAAUAAUAAACAACAAACAAAACGAUUACGAAGUAAUGCAACAAAUGCAAAUAUUUCUGUUUAA